CAGGCGGUGAAGGGGACCUCAAGGAGAAGUCGCGCACUGUCAACAAAUCCAGCCGUAGUCUGCAGCCAAAGAGAAACACCCCCACAAUAAUCACAUCCAUCCUCGACCGCAGUCAACAAUCCCGACCAAUUCUUCAUUCCAUUGUCCUUGCCGUCUUAGUAUCGGGUGGCAUCUCCAUUAUUCAGUUCAAUCGUUCAUCUUUGCGCCUACACCGAACCUCGUCACGAUGAGAGAAGUUAUCAGUCUCAACGUCGGCCAGGCUGGCUGUCAAAUUGCCAACUCAUGCUGGGAGCUUUACUGCCUUGAGCACGGAAUCCAGCCCGAUGGUUAUCUUACCGAGGAACGCAAAGCCGCCGAGCCGGACCAAGGCUUCAGUACCUUCUUCUCGGAGACCGGUAACGGCAAAUAUGUCCCUCGCACCAUCUACUGCGAUCUCGAGCCCAACGUCGUCGACGAGGUCCGAACCGGCCCAUACAGAGACCUAUUUCACCCCGAGCAGAUGAUCACUGGCAAGGAGGAUGCUUCCAACAACUACGCACGAGGACACUACACCGUGGGCAAAGAACUCAUCGAUCAGGUUCUUGACAAGGUCCGCCGAGUUGCCGACAACUGCAGUGGACUUCAGGGAUUCCUUGUCUUUCACUCUUUCGGCGGCGGUACCGGCUCUGGAUUCGGCGCACUGCUGAUGGAGCGUCUGUCCGUGGACUACGGCAAGAAGUGCAAACUCGAGUUCUGCGUGUACCCUGCACCACAGGUUGCUACCUCCGUUGUCGAGCCAUAUAACUCGAUCCUGACUACGCAUACCACGUUGGAACAUUCCGACUGCAGUUUCAUGGUCGACAAUGAAGCAAUCUACGACAUCUGCCGCCGCAACCUGGGCAUUGAGCGGCCAGAUUACGAGAACCUGAACAGACUGGUUGCUCAAGUUGUGUCCUCCAUUACGGCUUCGCUCCGAUUCGACGGUUCCCUCAACGUCGACUUGGCAGAAUUCCAAACCAACCUUGUCCCCUACCCUCGUAUCCACUUCCCUCUAGUUGCUUACGCCCCUGUGGUGUCCGCUGCUAAAGCACAGCAUGAGGCCCAUUCGGUCCAAGAGAUCUCCAUGUCCUGCUUCGAGCCCAAUAACCAGAUGGUCAAGUGUGAUCCACGCAACGGCAAAUACAUGGCAACCUGCUUGCUGUACCGUGGUGAUGUCGUCCCCAACGACGUGCACCAGGCUGUUGCAACGCUCAAGACCAAGCGCACAAUUCAGUUCGUCGACUGGUGCCCCACUGGCUUUAAGAUUGGUAUCUGCUACCAACCUCCUCAGAUGGUGCCAAAUGGCGACUUGGCUAAGGUCAACCGUGCAGUCUGCAUGCUUUCCAACACCACUGCUAUUGCCGAGGCUUGGUCCGCUCUGUCUCACAAGUUCGACUUGAUGUACUCGAAGCGUGCCUUUGUUCAUUGGUACGUUGGCGAGGGUAUGGAGGAAGGUGAAUUUUCCGAAGCACGCGAGGACCUGGCUGCCCUGGAGCGUGACUACGAGGAGGUCGCCAGUGAUUCUAUUGAGGAAGGCGAUGGUUCUGAGCUUGAGCACUAGUUCUCAGUCUGUAAUGCGUGUUAGGUCUGGCCUUGUGGGCUUGGGAAGGAGUGCAGGAGCGCAGGAGCCAAUCGUGUCUAAACGAUGGCUUUGUUCUACAGCAUCGGGCGCCUUGUUGAAUUCAAAUUGGUCUCUGCGAGACGAACAUAUUUUGUCGAACUACUAGGUACAGGCACUCGGGUUGCCUGUCUUUGGCCUCGUAUCAAAUUAUUCGUGGUAAACAGGGAAGCCAAUUCGCCCGACGGUGUCGAGAAAUGAUCGCUCAGUUAUGGGAUGUAAACAGAAAGACGCAGGCCAGGUACUAAAGCCCUUAAAAUUGCUCGGUAGUGACUAGG